GCGGCGGCGCGCUGACGGCGGCGGGCGGCGGGCGGGGGAAGAUGGCGGAGCUCGGUAAGAAGUACUGCGUGUACUGCCUGGCCGAGGUGAGCCCGCUGCGCUUCCGCUGCACCGAGUGCCAGGACAUCGAGCUGUGCCCCGAGUGCUUCUCUGCCGGCGCCGAGAUCGGCCACCACCGCCGCUACCACGGCUAUCAGCUGGUGGACGGCGGGCGCUUCACGCUGUGGGGGCCCGAGGCCGAGGGCGGCUGGACCAGCCGCGAGGAGCAGCUGCUGCUGGAUGCCAUCGAGCAGUUCGGCUUCGGAAACUGGGAAGAUAUGGCCGCUCACGUUGGAGCUUCCCGCACCCCCCAGGAGGUGAUGGAGCAUUACGUAAGCAUGUACAUCCACGGAAACCUGGGGAAAGCCUGCAUUCCCGACACCAUCCCCAACCGGGUGACCGACCACACGUGCCCCAGCGGAGGGCCCCUCUCUCCCAGCCUCACCACCCCCUUGCCUCCCCUAGACAUCUCGGUGGCCGAGCAGCAGCAGCUGGGCUACAUGCCGCUGCGCGACGACUACGAGAUCGAGUACGACCAGGACGCCGAGACGCUCAUCAGCGGGCUCUCGGUCAACUACGACGACGAGGACGUGGAGAUCGAGCUGAAGCGCGCGCACGUGGACAUGUACGUGCGCAAGCUCAGGGAGAGGCAGCGGCGCAAGAACAUCGCCCGCGACUACAACCUGGUGCCCGCCUUCCUGGGCAAGGACAAGAAGGACAAGGAGCGGCCGGCCAAGCGCAAGAUCACCAAGGAGGAGAAGGAGCUGCGGCUGAAGCUGCGGCCGCUCUACCAGUUCAUGUCGUGCAAGGAGUUCGACGACCUGUUCGAGAACAUGCACAAGGAGAAGAUGCUGCGGGCCAAGAUCCGCGAGCUGCAGCGCUACCGGCGCAACGGCAUCACGAAGAUGGAAGAGUCGGCCGAGUACGAGGCGGCGCGGCACAAGCGCGAGAAGCGGAAGGAGAACAAGAGCGCGGCGGGCGCCCGGCGGGGCAGGGAGGACGGCAAGGACGGCGAGUUUGCGGCCAUCGAGAACCUGCCCGGCUUCGAGCUCCUGUCCGACCGCGAGAAGGUGCUCUGCAGCUCCCUGAACCUGAGCCCCGCGCGCUACGUGACCGUGAAGACGAUCAUCAUCAAAGACCACCUGCAGAAGCGACAGGGGAUCCCCUCCAAAAGUCGCCUGCCUAGCUAUUUGGACAAAGUGCUAAAGAAAAGGAUUUUAAAUUUCCUCACGGAAAGUGGUUGGAUCUCCAGGGACGCCUCCUGAAGCGGCAGCGUGGAGAGUCGGGGCGCGGCUCCGGGAGCCAGGAGGGCCGGGGGUGAGGGUGGGGGACGGAAACGCUUUUCCCCCCACCCGUUGUUGCUCUUUUUUAAGCAAAUUGAGUUCCUUUCUUUUAGGCUAUAAAUUCUGUUCGUGGUCCUCUGAAAGAAGCAAUAGUAACGAUUUUACGUCGGAUCAUGGGGGACGCCGAUACAGGUCUAUUUUAACGUAGUCCUAAGGUGAUACCUUAAGGCGACGAUUGGCCUUUAUGUUCAGUCUGGGGUUAUGAGAUUGGGUAAUUUCCUUUUGCGUCUUCCCUUUGGUACGCCACUCGUGCUGUGGGUAAGAGGAGCGACUUUCCGCCCGCCAGCUGCCAGCUUUACCCUGUGACAUGACCUGUGGCUGGUGCUGGGGGCUCCCUUGGAGGUGGGAGGGGGGGUAUGGCCACCCACGCGGACACCCCAGCACGGCCCCAGCACACGGCACUUUAGGUGGGGGCCAGGGUGGGGCAGGUGGGAAGUGAGGCCGGAGAAGCACGGGAAGUUUCCACAUAAGCUUUAGAGGAAGACUCUGGGGUUGAGCAGGGUCCGGAUGAGCUUCUCCUUGACUGUCGGCAGCGUGGCGUUCCAGCUUGUAGUUCCCAAGUCGGGAAACCGCCCCUUGCCCCGUUUCCGCUCACUUGGGGCAGGCACGGGAGCCCUGGGCAGGCUCCCUUGUGUGCGGAAGGGGCCGGGGGGAGCUUGGGUGCGGGAGGGUUAGCAUGGGUGCCGGGAUUGAGCCCGCUCAGGGGGCUGCUGCUUGCUGCUCUAAUGCUUGCGACGCGUCUUACUCGGAAGAACUCGUCUUAGAAGGUUUACGCCUCUGAGUUCUGGAGUACACUUUCUCCAGGAUUUUCAUCGCGGUCGCAGUUACUUUUUUCCGCUGAAACUGACCUUGACUGUGCUAGCUUGGCUUAAGCAUCUUCGGGUGGUGGCCGGCGCUCUGCAGACCAGCCGGCUGGACUGGGCUGCUCACACAGCAGGGUCUGGCGGAGCAGGAAGGAGUCUGGAGGGCGAGGCCCUGCCUUGCUCCUCUGGGUCCCGGUCUUGGACUGCUCGCCUCGGCUUUUGCCCAGGGCCCUCAUUCAUGGAUAUACACGGUACCUUCCUUCUGGAACUUGGGUCGUUUGUCUUCCUGCUGCUCAGGGUUGGUUCUCAUGUCUUAAGACCCUGCUUUAGAGUCAGAGUGACCGCAGACCCCAGCACCCCCUUCUUCCUGGAGCUCAUCCUGCCUCUCCUGCCCCCAUAGCUACCAAGAGACUUGACCUUCCAGAAUGUUUGGGCUUGAAGUUAACAUUAAAGUGAAGUUAUUUGAAAGACAAGAGAAAAAAAGACCCUCAUCAUUUCCAAGGACUUAAUUACGGUGCCUUUUCCUUUCUUUUUACACCCUCCUGUCCCCCAGGGUAAAUUUUUCAGCAUUAAAUAAAACAUUUCAAAUAUACUGUA